AUGAAUAAAAAAGAAUUAUACAAGAAGCUGGAGGGAAUGCCCACAGCACAGCAGCAAAACAUUUCACCUGCUGUGAUCAAGAGAAUUUCCAAAGAACUGCACGACAUAAUCGAGGAUCCACCCGAAGGAAUAAGAACAAUCAUUAAUUACGAAGAUAUUUGUGACAUUCAAGCAUGGAUCCUAGGGCCUGAGUGUACGCCAUAUGAAAAAGGUUGUUUCAAAGUGAAGUUGAUGCUUAACGCUGAUUUCCCUGCUGUCCCGCCAAAAUGUUACUUUAUCACUAAAAUUUUCCAUCCGAAUGUCUCGCGAAAUGGCGAAGUUUGUGUGAAUACUUUAAAAAAGGAUUGGCAGAAAGAUUUGGGAGUGAAACAUAUUCUACUGACGGUGAAAUGUCUGUUGAUUGUUCCUAACGCUGAAUCAGCUCUUAAUGAGGAGGCAGGAAAACUGCUAUUGGAAAACUACGAUGAUUAUGCAAAACAUGCAAGGUUGUUAACCGGAAUUCAUGCGUCUACUAUAGCCCCGGUAUUUCUCGCGCCACCCAAUCCUAGCAGUAGCUCAUCAAGUGACACCGCUAGUUCUACAAAUGCUACAAACACCAAUGCAACCACCAUCACUUCGAUGACAGCAACAACCACAGUCACCACCGCAACAGCUGUUUCGUCAACAACACCAACGCCAUCAACAUCAUCUAAUCCCAAAAAAACUGCUGAUGAUUCCAAAGAAUUAGAAGUCACUAAACCCGAAGAUGUGUCAACACAUACACAGGUGUCACCUCUGGCCGAUUCUCAUCACAUCAACGAAACCAAAUCGAAUCUAAAAAAGAAUCCUACGUCCUCAUCAUCAAAUCCCAAUAGUAAUAGCACAAGUCCAACAGUCACACCAAAGAAACGUGUUGCAGAAAAGAAACUUGAUAAGAAACAAGCAGACAAGAAACGAAGUUUGAAGAGGCUUUGA